AUGAGGAACUUCAGUGUUGUCUCUGAGUUCAUCCUCCUUGGUCUGUCUGCUGACGCUCAGGUCCAGGCUGUACUCUUUGUGGUUUUCCUUGUGAUCUAUGUCCUGACCCUGACAGGAAACUCUACGAUUCUGCUGGUGAUAACGGCAGAUGUUCACUUCCGUUCUCCGAUGUACUUUUUUCUGGGCCACCUCUCCUUCCUGGAUCUUUUGUAUUCAUCAGUCUCCGUGCCCAAGAUGCUGGAGAAUCUGGUGUCUGAGACAAAAACAAUCCCUGUGAAGGGAUGUCUGGCCCAGGCCUUCUUUGUGUUUGCCAUUGGAGGUACCGAGGCUUUACUUCUUGCGGUCAUGGCUUACGACCGCUAUGCAGCCAUUUGCCAUCCUCUACUCUAUGGCCAGAUGAUGAGCGACCAGUUCUGUCAGGGGCUUGUGUGGGGAUCCUGGAGCCUGGCCAUCCUGAACUCACUCAUUAAUACCCUCCUAGCUGCGAAUUUGGACUUUUGUGACCAUGGAACCAUACACAACUACAACUGUGAGUUUCCGUCCCUCUUCCCUCUCUCCUGCUCUGAUGUGUCCACUAACAUCACCGCCAUGUUCUGGACUUUUGUCAUACACGCCUCUGGAACCUUCCUUCUCGUGGUGUGUUCCUACGGCUGCAUUUUCUCCACUGUACUACACAUGAGCUCUACCAAGGGCAGGAGCAAGGCUUUCUCCACCUGCUCCUCCCACCUCACUGUGGUGAUGUUAUACUUUGGUUCGGCCUGCCUGCGCUACGCCUUGCGGACCUCGGGUUCUCCCGUGGAAACACUCUUCUCUCUGCAGUACAGCGUCAUCACCCCCAUGCUGAACCCCUUCAUCUACAGCCUGAAGAACAAGGAGGUGAAAGCCGCUAUGAGGAAGCUGCUGGCAAGAUGCUGCCGGCAUUUUUAG